AUGGGACGAGGCAAGCUCAUUGCCUUUGGAGUCUCCGGUAUCCUUGUCGUGGCAGUAGUAAUUGGCCUAAUUGCUGGUAUAAGCCACCACAAAUCGUCGAGUGGUGGUGAUGAUGUGUUGUCCACAAGCUCAAAGUCCAUCGCAGCCAUUUGUGCCCCAACUGAUUAUAAGCAAGCAUGUGUUGACAGUGUUAGCUCUCUUGCCAAUGACCAAACUGCCACCCCACAAAGCUACAUCCAAGCUGCCCUUAACUUGACCAUCCAAGAGGUGCAAUCAGCGUUAGAAAAGGCGGGUAAAAUUGGGAAAGAGGCCAAAGAGUCGGAUCAAAAAAUGGCAGUUGAGGAUUGCCAGGACUUGUUGCAAUUUGCCACAGAUGAACUAGAGGCCUCAUUUUCAUCAGUGGGUGAUAGUGACCUGCACACUCUCAAUGACAGACAAGCCGAGCUCCAAAACUGGCUGAGCGCUGUGAUGUCGUACCAGGACACAUGCCUGGAUGGAGUUACUCAGCCUGACUUGAAGAUUCAGAUGUCAAAUAGGCUUGUGAAUGCCACAAAGCUCACAGAUAACGCGCUAGCCAUUGUGUCCUCCAUUUCUAACAUUCUAAAUAUAUUCAACGUGUCCUUGAACACAAGCGCGACUUCCCGGAGACUUCUUGAGGAAUCUAAUUAUGUUGACACAGAAGGGUACCCUGCAUGGUUUUCGGUUGGAGACAGGAAGCUACUAGCAGGACAGAGCAGUGACCAAGCAGCACCGGAUGCCGUGGUAGCGAAGGAUGGGACUGGACAGUAUAAGACCAUUGCUGCAGCUCUUGAAGCAUAUCCAAAGAAACAAAAAGGGAGAUAUGUUAUAUACGUUAAGGCAGGGAUUUAUGAUGAAUAUAUCACUGUUACAAAGAAUCAAGUCAAUGUGUUCAUGUAUGGAGAUGGACCCCGGAAAACAAUUGUCACUGGAAGUAAAAGCCACACUACUGGCUUUCCCACCUUCAGGACUGCCUCAUUUACUGCAAUUGGAAGUGGAUUUAUAGCCAAAUCAAUGGGAUUUCAGAACACAGCUGGUCCUCAAGGACACCAGGCCGUGGCACUUCGCGUGCAGUCAGACAUGGCUUCCUUCUACAACUGCAGAAUGGAUGGGUACCAAGACACAUUGUAUGUGCAGACACAUCGUCAAUUCUAUCGAAACUGUGUCAUCUCAGGCACUGUGGACUUCAUCUUUGGUGAUGCCUCUGCAAUGAUCCAAAACUGUUUGAUAAUUGUUAGGAAGCCCAUGGAUAACCAACAGAACACAGUGACAGCUCAGGGGAGGACCAGCCGGUUUGAGAGCACCGGUUUGGUGAUCCAGAAUUGCAGAAUAGUUCCAGAAGAAAAACUGCACCCUGUCAGGUUCCAAAUUCCCACGUACUUAGGCCGGCCAUGGAAGGAAUUCUCUCGGACUGUCAUCAUGGAAUCUACAUUAGGAGACUUAAUCCGCCCUGAAGGUUGGAUGCCAUGGUCCGGGAACUUUGCACUCGAUACAUGCUACUAUGCUGAGUAUGCAAACCGAGGUCCGGGUGCUACUACCAAUAAGAGGGUUAACUGGAAAGGUUACAAGGUGAUCACAAACAAAAAUGAGAUUCUACAAUUCACAUCUGGUGCAUUUUUACAAGGAGAUCAGUGGUUGCGGUUCACUGGUGCACCACACUUCCUAGGCCUCAAAAACUGAAAAAUGUGAAGAAAAUAGAUAUGCUAUGGAGUGAGGUGUUUAGGAAAGGUUCAAAGAUAACAUAGGAAGUCCUGUUUUUAUAGGGUAAAAAGAGGGUUGAAGGAUGAAUAUGU